AACAAAAAAAACAGCUGAUGGAUGGCAAACGUCUGUUCCAUGAUACAAUGAGAGACGAAAAGUCAUUGGGCAUCUCCGUAGUAUAGCCAUAAUGUUUGCAUUGUAACUUUUAAGUGCUUCCACGUUUAUUGGCCCAGCAAGUAAAUUGAAAAAUCUCAGUAUUUAAACAGAGUGUGUUAUUGUGAAAAUGUUUUAUUUACCACAAAAUAUUAAGUAGCCGUGCACUUCAAAGCAGAUGUUUAUUGCGCGCUCACUCAGUCGUGCGUGGCUUGCGAAAAGCAUAUUAUGACGUAAAUACACACAUAUGUAUACGCCUGUGCACAAUAAACAAGAAGUUCCACGUCAGUUUGUCAUUGAUAACAAUUGGAAAAUGUUUGCGCCCCUAUUAUUGAUUGCAUUGCUGGUGAACUUUGGCAGUGUCCUAGGAACGGAGGAUGCCCAUCUAAGCGCCGAGGAAGCCCAGGGUGUGCGUUAUGCAAAUCGCUGCGAAGCCUGCAAGAUUCUCGCCACAGAACUUGAAGCCCGCCUGGGUGAAACAGGCAAAUCGCACGAUGUUAUCGAGAUCGGCUACUCCGUAGACGACGUGCGACCCAAGAAGCGCACGGAAUACCGGCGCAGCGAACUGCGCUUACUCGAAUCGCUGGAGAACGUGUGUGACCGUGUACUGGAGUAUAACUUGCACAAGGAGCGCACAGAUAGCACGCGCUUUGCCAAAGGCAUGUCGCAGACUUUCCAGACACUUCAUGGUCUCGUGGACAAGGGUGUUAAAGUCGAUCUAGGAAUACCAUAUGAGCUAUGGGACAAGCCUCCGGUCGAGGUUACCCAAAUGAAAACUCAAUGCGAAAAUAUGCUCGAACAGUAUGAGGACACCAUAAGCGACUGGUAUUUCAAACUACAGCAGGAUAAGACGCUGAAGCAACAUCUGUGCGCGGAUCAUGUACUAAAACGCAAGGAGGAGCGCCAGUGCCUACAGGAGCAACUGCCAUCACCAAAAAAGCCGGCAAUCAACAAGAAAAAAAAAGGUGACAAUGAGGAGCUGUAGUCACGGAGCUGAGCUAAAUUUGCAUUUCAAGAGAUUCCCUAGUCUAUAAGCGCACUUCAUUUAAGAAGAAACAAAGCCUAUAAUACGGUCAAGCAAGCCUUCGAGCAAUGAAGAAUUUUUAUGGAUACUGUUGCAUUUGACGAUCAAUCCCAGAUUACAAGCGUAAUAAUCGAUGGAGUUAGAAAAUGAAAUCGUAUACCUUGAAGAAAAGCUUAAUUCAGUCCGUCAUAUUAAUUUGUGGUGUAAAAGCGAAUGCCAUAUUCUUAUUAAUCGGAUUUUAUGAUUUGAAAAAGCUUUGAAAUCUGAAGAUCUACCGGAUCUACUCAAAUCAUUUUUUUAACGUAAUGGCCAAAUAAUUCGAAUUAAUCAUUCGACAGAUUCCUAUGAGCAUAGAAACAGACUGUGUAACAAAUUUUCUUAAAUUUUCUCUUUACAUGAAGCCUUUAGAUAACUUACUUAGUGACCGUCUCGACUGAACUUAAAGCUGUUACUAACCAAACAAUACAAUCAACCCCGUGGUAUGAAAAGACUUAUCGAUUGGGGCCCCAAAUUGGGGCGCCCCUUAGAAGCGCCAGUUAGAAAUAUGGAGGGGGUUGAAAGCAAAAUUGUCUGUUUGUUUAUAAGUAUGUAAUUGUGUAUAUUAAAUUAUUAAUAAAGUUAGUUUGCGUUUAAAAUA